AUCCACCGGCGGAGAAGCAAACCACGCACGCACGCACGCGAGCCAGCGAGAUCGAUCGAUCGAUGGGCAGGCGGAAAGGCGGGCAAUCGAUUCCCUAAUCUCGCUACCGCCAAUCCGCCGAGCCAGCAUUGACUACUUAAAGUGACCAGUAACCACCACCACCACCACCACCACGGCCGCCGUCGCCAUCUCCCGCGCCCGCCCCCACCUGACUCCACUCCCGCUGCCCCCGCCACCACCACCACCGAUACGCUGCUGCUGCUGCGGCGCGCGGCGAGGGGGUGUGGGGGGCAUCGGUUCCUUGCUUCCUCCUCACGUGCCUUGGACCCGCCGCUAGCUCUAGCUCCCCCACGUUCGGGUUCGGCUCCCGUCCCGCACCGAACAAGAACUGCCGCGGGACUCGGGGCGAGCUCCGAGAGGAGAGGAGAGACGAGGGGAUGAUGCAGCAGCAGGCCUGGCCGGCGGGGCUUGGCCUCGCGGCCGUCGGGGUCGGGGAGGGCGGCGCCGGCCCGACCACCGUCGACGAGGCAUCCAUGGAGCGCAGCAAGAGCUUCGUCAAGGCGCUCCAGGAGCUCAAGAACCUGCGGCCGCAGCUCUACUCGGCGUCGGAGUACUGCGAGAAGUCGUACCUCCACAGCGAGCAGAAGCAGAUGGUUCUGGACAACUUGAAAGAUUAUGCUGUUAGGGCUUUGGUGAAUGCAGUUGACCACCUUGGCACCGUUGCAUACAAACUGACAGACUUGUAUGAACAACAGGCUUCAGAAGUCUCUACUCUAGAGCUGAAAGUAGCAUGCUUGAAUCAGCAAGUCCUCACCUGCCAAACUUACACGGAUAAAGAAGGCCUUAGGCAGCAGCAGAUGACCGGAACCGCCGGAAGACAUCACAAACAUUACAUUGUACCAAAUUUGGCCAACAAAAGAAUGCAGGCCUUCAAUGAAAUGCAAACCGAUGCUGAGAUUGACUCAAGGCCUAGACCUUAUCCCUCAGAAAAAACCCUUUUCUGGCAUUUGGCUUCAGAGAAAAACUCCAAAAGCAAUGGAGCACGCCAAUCUGAAUUUGUCCUAGAAGAAACAAAGGCUACAAAACCUGCAUCGAGAGGCAAGGAACCAUCAACAUCUCCAUUGCCCAAGCAUCUACAGUCGAACUCAGCCAGCUCCAAUUUUGCUAUGCAUAAUGUUGGCAUGAAGGAUCAGCCUGUUGUGAGGCAUCUAUCAUCAUUUAGUUCUUUUGAUAACCCAAGAGGGCGUCAAAUCCAAAAGGCACCCCUCCGUACAAAAAGCAUGCUAGCUGCUUUCUUUGUCAAGCACAAAUCGGGAAAGAUGAAAAACGUCUCUGUUCGUUGAUAAAAUUUCGAACCUCCAGUUUGUCCAGCCUUGUCACUCCAACCACAACCACGGAACUCAGAUUACAUCUACACUAUAUCUGUAUCUUGUAUAUUGCUAGUGUUCUAGAGAAAUCUUUUGGAUAAUUUUUUUGUCGUAAUGUUAAUGUCAUCUUUGUGAUGACCUAAAUGUUAUAUAGAUAGGUAUAGAAUAACAAACAGUAUUCAGUAUAAAUGAAUGUACAAGGAGUAUAUCAACCCCAUUUUCCAUUUGUGAAGAUUAUAUGAUGUGUUUGUAUAGAAUUAAAAAAUUAAAAAAAAAAGCAUACUACUUAGGUCCUUGAAGCAUGUUCAGAAACGAGGGAUCUAUUUGCUGCUU